AUAGAUAUAUAUAUCUCCGUGUCAAAUGUCAAAUCUUCAACCCCAAAACACAAUUGAUUUACAGUACCUUUGCAUUUGCAAAUCCAAACAACGCAUCGCUUCACCUCCACGCGUCAAUGCCUGCAUGUGCCAGCGCCCUCCAUUCAACAGCAUCUCACAUAACCCUACGAAGAGGGGGCGGAGGGGCCUGGAAUAUCUUUUAAUUAGGGUUUUCCCAAUGGAGGGUUUUAAUCUAUCGAACCCUAAAUUCGAUUCUUUUGGGGGAUCGAACUCUAACAUUUGUUUUUGCCGAGAAUUGAAAAAAUGAUAAAGAACCAUUUCUGAGGGGCUUUAAAAAAAACAAACUUAGCUUAAUAUCUAUCUAUCUAUAUAUAUUCGAUUCGUAAAUAUGCGAGGAGUACGCAAAUCCAAAAGAGUUACUUGGGCACCGGAUCUUAGCCUCUUUCAGGUAUAGUGUUAUUCAAGUUUUAACAUCCACGGCUGAGCGAAAGUCAGGGCAGAGCAUGCCAAUGACGGAGCUGUGGUGGAUUUGGCCGUAUCGGCCCUGCUCCAUUACCAUGAUAAGGCUGUUUUUAUCAGAGGAAUCACCUUCACAAGUCGGGUCGGGUGCUCAAGAUCACCUCCAAGCAAAAACCUUUUCGGUAUCCCAUUUAUAUGGGGCAGCUGUGGAUGACUUUCUGCCUCCUGGCUUUGAAGGAGCUUCUUCAACAAAUCUUUUGCAGAUUAACUUGUCGGAAGUCCCCGUCAUUAGUUGGAGGUUUCCUCUGAGAUUCGUAUUGGACGUGGAUUGGCAAGUAGUUGCUGGAGAGGAAAGUAAAGAGGUCGAGAUUCAAAAUCAGAGAGAAGUGAGAGUGCUCGAAGCUGUUUAUCCGCGCCCAUCUGCAAUUCCCUCAAACCCUUCCGCUUACGAAGAAGACUGUAUCUAUGAUGAACAGAAAACUCCUCAAAUACCUGUCACUCCUAUCGAAGACGAGGAUGCAGCAAUUGGAACACCGUUGGGCGUCUUAGCACCAUUCCGUGCCCCCAUUAGUUCACAAGCUGGUGUACCAGCUACUGCAUCUGCUGCCCUUACAACGAUUGACCACAACAAUGAACGUGGAAACAUGAUUGAUCCUAACUUGCUCGUCAAAAUUCUCAGCAACCCGACAUUGAUAGAGAAAUUAGUUACUGAUUACAGGCCUCCUUUUGACCUGCCACCACCUGUGAACGUUUCCGGUCCAUCUUCCACCCCAUACCCCGCAGCUACUUCUGAUGGUUCGUUUUAUGCUUGGUCAAAUGGGGUCGGAGUAGCACCCUCAAAUAAACAAGGUCCUAUUCCUGCUGUCGGAGUUCCGCAGAAGAAAGAUGAAAACUAUUACAAGAACUUAAUUCAGCAGCAUGGAGGAGAAAGACAAGGAACGACACAGAGUUUCGAUAACCGACACAAUCACCAGCUAAAACCGAACCAAGAAGUAACUAGUAACCCCAAAUCGAGAGAUUCGAAGACAAGGAUAAUGAAGCCGUGUUUGUACUUUAACACUGUCAGAGGAUGCAGGAAUGGAGUCAAUUGUGCUUUCCAACAUGAUACAUUGUCCCAGAACAGCGUUCCGGAUGCUCCGAAUGCUAAGCGAAAGAAAAUGGAUAGAGAGAUAAGCAGUUAGGUAAUAUUAUAUAUAUAUUUAUAUGUAUUAAUAAGCUUACCUUUUAUUUCUAAGCUUAGCCUUGUUACCUUUUAUUGUGUUUUUUUCUUAGAAGUGGUAUUUAAAUUAUUAAUUUUAUUUUAUUAAGAAAAAUGAUGUAAUGUAAGACGUGUAAUGUUCUUAUUGUCUUAUAUCAUGUUUUGAGGUAAAAUGAGAUGAAUUGAUAGUUUAGAUAUAA